AUGUCGGAAGCUGCCGCCACACUGGUGGAAUUUGGGCCCGAGCAGGUGACGCUGGGCACGGAUCUGUUUAGAGUGCUCACCACCGGCGAAGUGCCCCGCUUGGUGGAGCUGCUGAACGCCAGCGGCGAAGGCGGCCCGCAAGCAGCAGACGGCCACGUCGCGAUUAAAGUCAACGGCGGCGCAGUGUCGCCGGGCGCGGGAACGGGAAGCCUCCUCGGCGUGACGAGCAACGGGAACACCGCGCUGCACCUUGUCGCCAGCCGCGGCCACGCCGAGCUCACCGCUCUGCACUGCGCGGCGAGGGCCGGGAGCAAGGGCGUGGUGGCCUGCCUCCUGUCCAAGAUGCGCACCGCUGUCGGUGGACCGGACGAGGCGGCAGCGCUGCGGGCAAGAAACUGCCUAGGCGCCACUGCUUUGCUCGAGGCCGUCCGUCUCAGCCGUGCUGGGGUAGUAGAUCUCUUGAUGGCCGAAGCCCCCGAGCUGGCGUCAGUGACAACUGAGGAUGGUGUCUCGCCCCUGUACUUGGCGGCAGAGGUAUGGUCGGAUGAGAUGGUCCGGCUGCUGCUUCGUCCGUCGCCCGAUGGAACGCCGUCGCCGGCCUCAUUCGCUGGUCGCGACGGACAGACUGCUUUGCACUCUGCAGCAACUAUUAGCAAAGGUAUGGCUCGAGAAAUACUGAACUGGGAACCGGUUGGCCCAACCUUGCUUACCAGAGUUGAUUCGUCAGGGAAGACGCCUCUCCAGUUCGCAAUACUGUAUAGACGACUCGAUGUUGUUGAGAUGUUCCUAGAUGACCAUACAUCAUCAGAGCAAGCUCACAUUUCAGACAACCAUGGCUUAUUUCCAGUGCAUUCGGCUGCUAAGGUGGGAAGUACAAGGAUUAUUGACGUGCUCAUACAGAAAUGCCCAGACUACUGUGAAUUGCUUGAUGAUAAAGGAAGAAGUUUGCUUCAUUGUGCUGUCGAGCAUAAUCAGGAAUCAGUGGUUCGCCACGUCUGUCAAAAUGGCACAUUUGUUACGCUGCUAAAUGCUAUGGAUUCUGAAGGAAAUACACCGCUCCAUUUAGCGGUUAAAUACGGAUGUCCGCGAAUCGUCAGUUUACUACUACAGACGAUGUCCGUCAAAACAGGCAUUACCAAUAAGGACGGCCUAACUGCUGGAGAUCUUGCUCACCGUGUGUUAGAGCGCGGAAGAAUGAACUAUUUCCUGGUAAUACUCCUAAAUUGUAUUAUUGUGUUAUUAAGGCAUUGCAUUAUCGUUCUGUUUCUGCCUGCAUCAUUCUCAGUCUCUGUUAGCUUGCUGUCAUACACUGAACGACUACCUUUUAGAAUCAGAACUUCUACACGAAUUUUGUACAGUGAUUUUCUUAGUUUCACUGAAUUGAUGUUUAGAAAACUUGACCACAAACACACUAUUUCUUUAUUUCCUAACACCAAUUACACACGCACACACACGCACGCGCACAAACAUGCACACGCACGCACGCCCCGCCGGUUUGCAACGCACUGAUGUGCCAAAUUCUCGAUACUGUGCUUACUUGAACCUCAGCUUAAUUUAUACUUUCUUCGUUUAGCGUAACGACACGGUCUCCAA